GUUAGGAUUUUGGCAGCCUCGACGACUACAGUAAGUCGGAGUCCUCGUGAUAUAAGAACAUAUUAAUAAAUUGUUUUUAUAUUUAAAUUAUUUUCUGAUGACUGGUGAUCAAUUAAUUGAAUCAUAAACGAACAUUUCCUUUCUUUUAAUUCAUUUUCAUAUCUUUAGUACUCAGGAAACCAAAAUGGAGUCGACCAAAUUUUUACCAACCUUUUGUUUGAUAGGUUUAGCUUUGUUCCCUCGUAUGCAUGCGCAAAAAGCAUUUGGUAUUUACCCUCGUUCCCUUCUUCCUCCUCCUCCUCCUCGUCGUGGUUCCCCUCCUCCUCCUCCUCCUCGUUCCCCUCCCCCUCCUCCUCCUUUCGUUGCUGAUGGCCCAAAUACGGUCGUUUCGAAUGCCCCUCCUCCUGUCGGUGCUGAUGGCCCGAAUACCUUCGUUGCUCCUCCCCCUCCAGCGGCUCGACUAAGCCCCAUUCUUGUGGUCGGGUUGAUUGUUGGAGCUGGUGCUUUGAUUUUUGGCAUAGUUUUCAUUUGGUUUAUUUUAAGGAGGAAAACACACAAGGCGAACAAAUUAGAUUAUGAUAUGUUUGAUGAGCUCUUUUUUGGUGAAUUCAAAAAUGGGAUGGGACCAAGGAAGUUUUCCUUUGUGGAAAUAGCUAAAGCGACCAGUAAUUUCAAGGGUGAAAAGCUUGGAGAAGGAGGGUUUGGUGCAGUUUAUAGAGGAUACUUAAGGGACUUGGAUACUCAUGUGGCUGUUAAGCGGAUUUCAAAGGCCUCUAAGCAAGGAAUCAAGGAGUAUGCAUCUGAAGUGAAGAUCAUUAGCCGAUUGAGGCACAAGAAUCUGGUCAAGCUUAUUGGUUGGUGUCACGAAAAAGGGCAACUUAUACUCGUUUAUGAGUUCAUGGCUAAUGGCAGCCUAGAUUCCCAUCUUUUCAAAGGUAAAACCUUAUUGACCUGGGAUGUGAGGUUUCAAAUUAUGCAGGGCUUGGCAUCACCUCUUUUCUGUCUACAUGAAGAAGGUGACCAUUGCGUACUACACAGGGAUAUCAAAGCCAGCAACGUUAUGUUGGAUUCUAGUUUCAAUGCUAAAAUAGGGGAUUUCGGGCUGGCUCGACUAGUCGAUCAUGCGAAAGGGUCACAAACGACCCAUUUAGCCUGCACUAUGGGCUAUAUUGCACCUGAAUGUGUUUCAUCAGGAAAGGCUAGUAAAGAAUCCGAUAUCUAUAGGUUUGGAGUUGUUGCAUUGGAGAUUGCAUGUGGUAGAAGGUCAAUAGAGCCUAUGUAUGAAGAAUCUCAGGCUUCGUUGGUAGCUUGGGUGUGUAAGUUGUACGGAAAUCAACAGAUACUUGGUACAGUUGACCCAUAACUAGGCAUGGACUUCGAUGCUCUACAAAUGGAAUGCUUGUUGAUGGUUGGGCUGUGGUGCGUCCAUCCGGACCAAAAUUUGAGACCGUCGAUAAGGCAGGUAAUUCAGGUACUUAAUUUUGAGGCACCAUUGCCAAAACUUCCAAGUAGGAGGCCUUCUCCCACAUAUGAUGUGCCAACUACUUCUGGAAUUCAAGUAAGUGAGCCAUGUUUUUCUACGGUGUCUAUUACAAUCCCGCGUUAGAUCAAUACUUGUAGAGAAAUUGAAAAGUUUUGUAUUGAAUUUGAUUCAUAUGUUAAAAACCAUUUGAUAUGACAUUGAAAUCUAUAAUUGUUGAAGUUACACUUGUUUAAGUAUUGAAAUAUUAGAAUUCUAACAUUUGACUUAUUGAGUAUGAGGCUCAUCUCAUAACUUAUAUCGUGAAUUCGAGUCACAGAAAUCACCUUUUUAUGAUGUGAGCAAUUCACCUUUACCAAAGGUGUGUGAGUUGUACCAAAAAAGAUAUUAAAAAAAGUGUUGAAAUAUUGAGUUGUCAACUCCCACAUAUGAUGAUGUGCCAAUAAUUAGAAUUCAAGCAAGUGAGCCAUGUUUUUCUACUGUGUUUGUUACAAUCCAACGUUAGAUCAAUAAUUGUUGUAGAAAAAUUGAAAAAAUUAGUGUUGAAUUUAAUUUGUAUGUUAAAAACUAUAUCAUAUCUAAUUGCGAUCUAUAAUUGUUUAAUUUAUACUUGUUUAAGUAUUGAAAUAUUGGAACUCCAAACAUUCCGCUUAUAGGUCAUGAGGUUCACAGUAAAUUUGUAUAAAUAGAGAUCGCCUAUUUAUGAUAUGAGUGAUUGGAGUAUGUGAAUUGUGUAAAAAAAAUUAUUAAAAAAUGUUAGAAAUAUAAUAUUUUUUAUCCAAACAUUAUCCAAGACAAUUAGACCCCUAUUUUUUCAGAAAUACAAGUUUCGUAGAGUAGAGGGACCAUAAUCACAUGUAAAAAGAAUCUUUUGCUUUUAACGUAGCCCACAUAUGUAUUUCUACAAUUCUUCUUAGCCCCAUGAAAACGCCAGCCCCGAUGCCUGCGGUGUCGUUAAGUCGUAGUCUAUGAGAUAUAAGAAUAUAUUAAUAAAUUGUUUUUAUAUUUAAAUGACUUGAUAUUUAUGAAAAUAAUAAUUGAAAUUUAUGGUAAAUGAUAAUAGAGAAUUAACAAAAUAAUAUAAAAUAAAAUUUAAAAGUAUUGCGAAUGAGAUUGGUAGGUUGCAUCCUUUGCACUGUCUGGUUUCGGUCAUCCAUGAGCUCCUUCAACGUGAAUGGACUUGUGAGAUUUCCUACAUUCCUCGCCAGCGAAAUAGUGUGGCAGAUUGCAUGGCUAAACAGAGUUUGCAUAUUACCGAUGGAUUGUUGUUAUUUGAUCAAAUGUCGUUUAAGUGUUUCCCACCUUGUGCGAGCUGAUACGGAGGGUGCUGCCUUCCCACGUUUGAUUCACAUUUCUUAAGGUAUUGCAAACCAUUGGCUGUUUGUGAAUAGUUGCAGUUGGACUAGUUUUCUGAUGAAUGGUGAUGAGUUGAUUGAAACAUAACCAAACUUUUUUUUUUUUUCAUUUUUGAAUCAUUUUCGUAUAUUCUGUCGUCAGAAAACCAAAAUGGAGUCGACCAAGUUUUCACUAACCUUCUGUUUGAUAGGCUUAGCUUUGUUCCCUCGUAUGUAUGUGCAAUCUGCACCGAUGGCUUAUAAAUCAACUAACGCUUCAAUUACCGUAGUUGCUGAUGGCUCAAAUCCCGUUGGUUCUUGUCUCCUCCUCCUCCUGUUGCUGCUACCGUUGUUGCUCCUCCCCCUCAUGCUUCAAGAGACACCAAUUCUGUGGCGGCGUUGAUUACUAUCUCAGUUUUCGUGGUGUUGAUUGUUAUCUCACUUUGCAUUUGCUGUUUUUGCUGCCGCAGAUUAUGGAGAAAAAGACAGAAGGCCAUCAAAUUAGAUAAUGAUGAUGAUGACAAGCUCUUUGGUGGUGACUUCCAAAAUGGAAUGGGACCAAAUAAGUUUCCCUUUACGGAAAUAGCUAAAAUGACCAGUAAUUUCAAGGGUGAAAAGCUUGGAGGAGGAGGGUUUGGUGCAGUUUACAGAGGGUACGUAAGGGACUUGGAUACCCUUGUUGCUGUUCAGCAGAUUGCAAAGGCCUCUAAGCAAGGAAUCAAGGAAUAUACAUCCGAAGUGAAGAUCAUUAGCCGAUUGAGGCACAAGAAUCUGGUUAAGCUUAUUGGUUGGUGCCAUAAAAAAGGGGAACUUGUACUCGUUUAUGAGUUCAUGGCUAAUGGCGGCUUAGAUUCCCAUCUUUUCAAAGGAAAAACCUUAUUGACCUUAGUGACCAUUGCGUACUACAUAGGCAUAUCAAAGCUAGCAACGUUAUGUUGGAUUCUAAUUUCAAUGCUAAACUCGGGAUUUCGGGCUAGCUAGGCUAGUCGAUCACGCGAAAGGGUCACAAACAACCCAUUUAGCUGGGACUUUAGGCUAUAUGGCUCCUGAAUAUAUUUCUUCAAGAAAAACUAGCAAGGAAUCUGAUGUCUAUAGUUUUGGAGUUGUUGCAUUGGAGGUUGCAUACGGCCGAAGAUCAAUAGAACCCAUAUAUGAAGAAUCCCAAGCUUCAUUGAUAGUCUGGGUGAGGGACUUGUACGAAAACCGAUAAUUGCUUGGUGCGGCUGACCCGAGACUAUGCAUGGACUCCAAUGCUAUGCAGGUGGAAUGCUUGUUGAUGAUUGGGCUGUGGUGCGUCCAUCCGGACCGGAGUUGAAGACCGUCGAUAAGGCAAGUAAUUCAGGUUCUUAAUUUUGAGGCACUAUUGCCAGAGCUUCCACGUACGAGGUCUACUCCCAUAUAUGAUAUAUCAACUGCUUCUAGAAUUCAAGCAAGCGAGUCAUACUUUUCUACUGUGUCAAUUACAUUCCCACGUUAGAUAAAUGCUUGAAGAAGUAUCGAAAAAAUUAAUAUUGAAUGUAUACUUAUUGAAGUAUUAAAAUA